CACAAAUGCAUUUGAAGGGACGCCUUCUUCUUUGUCCCCUGAAGAAAGGGCACGUUCAUUAGUGGCAAAGUGAGCUAAGGUGGACAUAGACACAGGAUUUUGCAGCACUUUUGGAGAUUUGUUUUCCAUUGGCAAGGUGCCCCCCUGACGUCACCGGAAGUCGCAGAAAACUCGGGAGAAAGUUUUGCAAUAGCGAUGCACAUGCAAAUCCAACGCGUCCUCUCCAGGUGCACUUCUGGUAGGCAACUGUGGAAUGUUCGUGCACGACGACAACAUGGCGAGAAAGGGACGGCGGCUGCAGCAGCGGCAGCGUGGCGCGGCUGCGUGGACGAUGCACGCCAGGCGGACUACCACCGAGCCUUCGCCUCUGCCCGGGACCAACCCGCUCAAUACUGGGCCGAAGUUGGCCAGGACAUUCGCUGGUUCGAACCGUGGAGCAAAACGUUGCAUUUGGAGGACACCGUGUUCCCAAAGUGGUUUAUGGGCGGCAAGCUGAACAUGUGCUACAACGCCGUGGACCGCCAUGUCGAAGAAGGUCGCGGCGCUCAGGCGGCCAUCAUUUAUGACAGUCCUGUGACGGGAACUAAACAGAUCAUCACCUACAGAGAACUUCAGAAGCAGGUGUCGCGGCUAGCCGGCGUCCUGAUAAAAAACGGCGUGAGUAAAGGCGACCUUGUGGUCAUCUACAUGCCCAUGGUGCCGCAGGCCAUGUUUGCCAUGUUGGCAUGCGCCCGCAUCGGCGCCCCGCACAGCCUCAUCUUUGGCGGCUUCGCGUCCAAAGAGCUUUCCGUGCGCAUCAAUCACGCCAAGCCUAAAAUGAUCAUCACUGCCUCGUUUGGCAUCGAGCCGGGCCGCCGCGUGGCCUACGUCCCUCUGGUGGAGAAAGCGUUGGAGCUGAGCGCUUACAGGCCCUCCAAAGUGCUCAUCUACUGCAGAGACAAUAUGGAGAGAGUAUCCAUGAGUGGGGACUUAGCUCUGGACUGGGACGUGGAAAUGGCCGCCGCUCGGCCCCACGACUGUGUUCCCGUCGCCUCUAACCACCCUCUCUACAUCCUCUACACAUCCGGCACCACCGGGACCCCAAAGGGGCUGGUGAGAGACACAGGAGGGUGCGCUGUGAUGCUCAAGUGGACCAUGUCCAAUAUUUAUGGACUGAGGCCUGGAGAGGUUUGGUGGGCGGCGUCAGACCUGGGCUGGGUGGUGGGCCACUCAUACAUCUGCUAUGCUCCUCUGCUCCAUGGAAACACCACCAUCCUCUAUGAGGGUAAACCCGUAGGGACUCCGGGCCCCGGCGCCUUCUUCCGCGUCCUGUCCGAACACGGCGCGGCCGGCAUGUUCACAGCGCCCACCGCCAUUCGAGCCAUUCGCCAGCAGGACCCCCACGCCGAGAGCGCGGCUGCAUACUCCCUGCCCAAGCUGAGGUCCAUAUUCCUGGCAGGAGAGCGCUGUGACGUGGAGACGCUGGAGUGGGCAAAGAGGACUUUCAGGGCUCCAGUCCUGGAUCACUGGUGGCAGACGGAGACGGGCUCUCCCAUCACGUCCACGUGCCUCGGCCUGGGCAACUCGCUGACGCCCCCUGCAGGGCAGGCAGGCAAACCUGUGCCCGGAUACAAGGUGUCCGUCAUUGACGACGACAUGAAACAAGUGAAGCCGGGCACUCUGGGAAAUAUUGUUGUGGGAUUACCUUUGCCUCCCGGUGCUGCUUCCUCCUUGUGGCAGAACUCUGAGCUCUUCAAGGAGAUCUACUUCUCCAAAUUCCCGGGCUUCUAUGACACCAUGGACGCCGGUUACAUGGACGACGAGGGCUUCCUCUACAUUAUGUCCAGGUCUGAUGAUGUCAUCAACGUGGCCGGCCACAGGCUGUCCGCCGGAGCCUUGGAGGAGUCGGUGUUGCAGCACCCGGCCGUGGCCGACUGCGCCGUGGUGGGCCUGGAAGACGCGCUCAAGGGACACGUCCCUCUGGCCUUGUGCGUGCUGAAAAAUGGUGUGAGACAAGGCCGGGAAGAGAUCGCAAAGGAGAUGGUCCAGCUGGUGAGGGACACUGUGGGACCUGUGGCCGCCUUCAAGAACGUGCUUUUUGUCCACGGACUUCCCAAGACACGUUCUGGAAAGAUCCCGCGCUCGUCGCUGGCCAACCUGGUCAAUGGCAAGCCGUAUAAGAUCACGCCCACCAUCGAGGAUCCUGAUGUGUUCAAGGACGUCGAGACCAUGGUGGAGAAAGUUCUGAGGCCCCACGGUGCCUGAACGCACCACCACCAUAACGCUAAUCACUUGCUAACGUUAGCAUAUUGACUCCGUGCUGGUGUAUUUGAGUGUCUGCAAUACUUGCACAACAUGUUCCAAACGGACGUAAAGAUGUUUACAUGACUUUUUCAUUCAAACAUUUUGCUGAAAUAAUAAAGUCAUUUUAC